GCGGCCGCGAGGGGGCGGGGACGGCGUGGGGAGGUGGACGCACCGCUCGGGCCACGGCGGGCUGCGGUCACAGGUGGGCGGCGGCGGCGAGGGCUCGGCGGAGCCGAGCUGGAGUCUCCGUCCGAGACUCCGGCCGUCACGCCGGGAGCGCUGCAGAGAUCCAGGCAACGCGUCUGUGUCUCCGAGGGAGCGGACCCUUUUCCCUCCGCAUUAGUUGCCUCUGCACCUCGGCCCCGGAGAGCAGGCGUUGACUGUUGAUCCGAGAGAGAGAGAGAGGCGUUAAUGUGUUUACAAGAUGUGACUUGUGUUCUUGCCUCUUUUACCUUCUGAGGGCUUCUUACACCUCAUGGUGACAGGUGAGAAUCAUGACACAGAAGGGCAGUUUGAAGGCAGUGAAGAAAAACAAAGCGGAAGAACCUGAAUUGGAGCCCCUGUGUUGCUGCGAGUACAUUGAUCGAAAUGGGGAAAAAAACCACGUGGCUGCUUGUUUGUGUGAUUGCCAAGAUCUGGAUGAAGGGUGUGAUAGAUGGAUUACGUGUAAGUCUGUGCGGCCGGAGACUUGUGAAAGGAUCAUGGAUACAAUCUCUGAUCGCCUCCGAAUUCCUUGGCUUAGAGGAGCCAAAAAAGUUAACAUUAGCAUCAUUCCCCCUCUCAUCCUCCUGCCUGUCUUCCUCCGAGUGGCUUCCUGGCAUUUCCUCCUGGGGGGGGUGGUUUUGACCUCCCUUCCUGUGCUGGCCCUGUGGUACUACUACCUCACUCACAGAAGGAAAGAACAGACUCUGUUUUUCCUGAGCCUUGGGCUCUUCUCUCUGGGCUACAUGUACUAUGUGUUCCUGCAGGAAGUGGUCCCUAAAGGGCGUGUGGGGCCCACUCGGCUGGCUCUUCUUACCUGCGGGUUAUUUCUGAUCCUAUUAGCUUUGUACAGAGCCAAGAAGAAUCCAGGCUACCUCAGAAAUCCAGCAAGCAGGGACAGAUCUCUAGGUAGCAGCCAAACUGAGUGCCUGAAUGGAAAAGGGCAGAAGACCAAAGGGUUCCCCGGCACAGAUGUGAUGGGCAUUCUCAACAACCGCACGCUGAAGGAUGAUCAGAAGGACUCUGCCAGGUUGUUGGCUGGAAGCCCCACCAUGGUGAAGGAUGACUGGUGUGCCAAGUGCCAGCUGGUGCGACCAGCCCGGGCAUGGCAUUGCCGGAUAUGUGGCAUCUGCGUGAGGAGGAUGGAUCAUCAUUGCGUCUGGAUAAAUAGCUGCGUUGGAGAAUCAAAUCAUCAAGCAUUCAUUCUUGCGCUUUUGGUGUUCUUGCUCACCUCCGUGUAUGGGAUCACGCUGACACUGGACACCAUUUGUAGGGACAGAAGUGUCUUCACCGCUCUCUUCUAUUGUCCUGGAGUAUAUGCAAAUUACAGCUCAGCGCUGUCCUUCACCUGCGUGUGGUACUCGGUGAUCGUCACAGCGGGCAUGGCCUACAUCUUCCUGAUCCAGCUGAUAAACAUCAGUUACAACGUGACUGAGAGGGAAGUGCAGCAGGCCCUUCGACAGAAGACGGGACGCCGGCUCCUGUGUGGGCUCAUCGUGGACACAGGCCAGUACAAUCGGGGCUUCCUGCGGAACUGGCACCAGUUCUCCACCCUGGGCGCUCAUCCAUUGCACGACCCCGCUGAGGACAUCGUCUGAAGUGCCUUCUGGGCGGCUCCCUCUGUGUCCUUCAGUCGUGCACUUCACUGUCCACGCAGGGUGUUCGUUUUUAUCCCUCGUCUCUUAAAGGCAUUGUAGGGCCACUCUCAGGUUUAGAGACUGGACUGGAGAAAUGAACUUUUCUGACUUCACAACUUAAAAGAGAUUUUUAUGUUGAAGCAGUACAAGUAGAGCCGUUCCUUUCCAGCCACCUUGUUAAGAGCUCAGUCACAAGAAGUCGAAAUGGAUGUGGAUUACUAACGCACAAACUGACUGAAGCAAUUCCCAUCCCUUAGUACAGGAGAAAGAGUUUUGGAUUAGGAUAGUUUCUAGUCCCUCUUUUAAUUCCUAAUAGCCAUGUGACCCUUAGUUGAGUCACUUCCCCGAAUCUCAGGUUCAUCUGUUGGGUGGGGUGCCGGUGCCCACCCUGGCGGCCUCACAGAGCGGUCAUGAGGGGCACGGGAGGGAUGCGGUAUGUGGAAAGCACUGAGAAAUAGUGAAAGCCCCACAGAGAUAAUGAAGCAUUAUUAAGAAAAUCCCAAGACUGAAAAAAAAAUAGUUUGUAGGUCAGAAUAUUGAAGUCAAUGUUAUUAAAUGCUUUUCAGCAUUUCAGAGUAAAAAAAGAUCCCCGAAUAUCAUGUUGUACAGUUACAGGAAUUUCUCUUGGAAGUCUUAGACAUUAACUACUCAAACGGGGUAGGAGAUGACCAGAUGGAUUUACACUGUCGCCUAAUCUUGAAAGUGGAGUUCAUGCCAGUUAUAAUUAUUGCUGGUGUAAUGUACAGUGGUCAUGAGUUUAGGUGAUGAGUUUUUAUGUUUUCUUAAGCAUUGUUGUUUAGAUUUAGUCUCAAUAACUCCAGUAGGCAUUAAUGUUUUUGCCUCUUGCCAUGUCUCACCUGAUAAGGUGGUAGCCACACGUGUGACGAUGACUGGAAGAGGAAAACAGACACCCCUACAGGGAACACCACUCUCUUUCCUGGGUAGGGGGUGGCUGGCUACUGUCAAGGGCAUGAUGAUUUUGAUUCAUGUAAGUGAUUCAAACGCUGUCAGCUAUAGUGCUGAGUUGCAAUAAUCCAUGUCUAGUAUUCACAUUAUUCUGGCAUGGACCUAAUUUGAGGGGUUGGUUGACAUCUUCCCUCUUACCUUGCACAUGACUUUUCACUCACCUUUCCCUGGAUAAAAGUAUCUCACCAGGAGAGAAAAAACAGCGUCAUGUGUGUGGUUUCCAGGAAUUAAUGGAUUGCUGUUCUUCCCUAGUUCUUCCUAAAAUACCAAGUUGUUUCUUUAAUCAUAUCUUAAAACUGAAAGUUUAAAAAUAAUUAAAUAUUUACAUAUAAUGGAUCUAUUCUGCCAUAGAAUUAAGAUGAGGCAAUUUCAGAUGCGGGGGGGAACCCCUCUUGGUUUUGUACGUGUAUCUUUUUUAUUGAAUUUAUUGGGGUGACACUGGUUAUUAAAACCAGUUAUUAUAUAGGUUUCAGGCGUACAGUUCUACCAUCUGUAUAUUGUAUUGUGUGUUUACCAUGCCAAGUCAAGUUUUUUUCUUUUUCUUUUUUCAGUUCCAACAGCAAUUCAUGGUCCUUAAAUUUGUCUUGGCUUGUAGCUUAAUAUAGAGGCAACACUGCCAGGUUUUUCAGUCUCUCUGUGCAUACUGCUGCAACAAGAGGUUUAUAAAUGUUGAGAGGAAGCAGUGCUACUUCCUGCCACGCUACCCCGUGCAGCUAGCACCGAGUCCUGCCGUUAGCGGAAGCUGUCCAUAAGACAGCUUGUCGGUGCUCUCCCCGGAGAUGGUUUAACACAUGAUAGGCCGCUGGGGUGAGCCAAACAGCAAGUCUGGGGGUGUUAGCUGAGGCUGUGGUUUCUCCACUGAGGCAUUCUCCCUGGCCCAGAGUCAUGCAUUCAUUUGGAAUUAACAUUGGAUCUGAUAUAACUAACUCCCUCCUGUGGGGGUUUGCCAGAAGAGAGACAGUAAUAAUGUCAAGGACAACAUGUGGCCAGAAAUCUCUAGCUGUAGUCUCUUGAAUACCAGAUAUAUACCAACUCUGUUUGACAACUGAUAAUAACAUUCAUAGAAAUGUUACUAUAGUCAGUAAUUUUAGCCUCUUGUCAAAUCUUUAAAAACAAUCAAAAUAUGACAUGACGAGUCCCACCAGAAAGAUCAGUCAUUUGAGAGAAUGGGAAUGUCAUCAUCUUUAAAGCCACAUAAUAGCGUUACCUGGAUGGGGUGACUCGGUGUCCCUCUUUUGGGUAAGGACUUCCUCGUAUAUAAUUCUGGUUUAUUGGAAGUCAGAGGCUUAUUUUAAGUUCCUUGAGGAUGUCAUGAUUGGCAGUUUACAGAACAAAGCUCAAACCUUUGAAAAUCUCAGUGGUUUUUUGGGGGGUGAAAGUCUACUGAAGUAUUUGCACUGAAAGGAGAGCAAACAAGCAGCUCUCGAUGAGAAGGGCUCUGUAGGCUCUAGGACACCCUUGGCCUACACCUUGGACACCUCCUAGACUUUUCGAGCUUUUUAUGCUCUGAAACCAUCGCAGGGACCAUGUCCUCUAAAGGACAAAGCCUCUGUGAGCCAGUGAACCCCAGAGAAACAUUUGGUGGUGGCAUGGGGAGCUGCCCUGUAAACUCCAUGCCAGUGUCUCUGGUCCCUCAGAGCAUGCUACCCACAUAAUUCCAAAUAAGUGGGUCCCCUUCUCUCCCCCCAUAGACUUGGCCUCUGUUACUAAACAUACUGAGUGUGGAGUUUAGUAAAUGAUCGACUGUAUUCUAAUCAGUAUUGCUGUCUUGCCAGGUGUGCUAUUCCUGGGAAAGCGAAAUGGGUCUAUUUGAGAGAUGCAGUGGAGAAAUAGUUAAGGAGCAGAAUUGCAUGAAAGGAGAAAAUCCUUCAAUGUUUAAAAUGUUUCUUAUGACACCUAAGAGUAUUCUGUGGUUAGAGCUGGGCCCACCUGACUUGAGCUGAUCAUAACAACGGCUCUUUGCUGGGUUUCUCUGAUGCUGCUCAAGUCGAGCUGUAAGUGUGUUUCAGGGACGCUGUGCUGCUUGUGUCACCUCGGCCACCUGUGUGUCUGUGAGUAGGACACUGUGAAUCUGUGCUAUCCAAGCAGCGUUUUCUUUUGGUGAAUGAAGUGAUUGUUGUCUUCCACUGUACCA